AGUCGAGUAAUGUCCCUUUGCCGGUAUUCUCCAGUAGGACAAGAAAAAGAAAAACAAUUUAUUUCGACUUUUAAAAUAAUUUCAGAUGCAGAUUUACACCUAAAAGGCCAUGGAUAGGAGAAAUCCAGAAUGUCAUCCACUAUUUACACUAGAAGAGGUGUUGUCAUGGCAACAAAAUGAGGAUAAAUUAUGUGUAGCUAGAAUACCUAAAAGACAGAGAAAACCCCAAGACAAGCCAAAGUUACUUGUGUGUCAUGACUUCAAAGGAGGUUAUUUAGAAGACAGACUUGUACAAGGCUGUGGUAGACCUAAUGCAUAUCGUUUCUAUCACUGGCAUCUGGUGGAUACAUUUGUGUACUUUAGUCAUUACUUUGUAACAAUACCUCCUCCAGCAUGGACUAAUGCCGGUCAUCGACAUGGUGUCACUGUACUAGGGACUGUAAUUACGGAGUGGAAUGAUGGGAAAGCUCGUUGUGAGGAAUUUUUGAAGACAGAGGACUCGUACAAACAAUUUGCAGAUCAGCUUGUUCAGAUUUCAAAGUAUUACGGUUUUGAUGGCUGGCUCAUCAAUAUAGAAAACAAGAUUGAGACUGAAGAGCUUGUGAGAAACCUGACUGGCUUUAUGGAAUAUUUGACGAAGGAACAGCACAAGCAUGUACAAGGAUCACAGAUUAUCUGGUAUGACAGUGUACUAAAUACAGGAGAGCUUGAUUGGCAAAAUGCUCUAAAUGACAAAAACAGACAAUUUUUUGAUGGUUGUGAUGGGAUAUUCUUGAAUUACUGUUGGAAAGAUGAACAUUUAGAGAGUUCUAGAGUUACAGCUGUAGAAGCAAAGAGACCGUUUGAUGUGUAUGUGGGGAUAGACAGAGUUUGGAGAGGCUGUUUGGCAAAAAUGCGGGAAAAAAAACAAAAUUUGUCUGUAGCAAUAUUUGCUCCAGGAUGGGUAAUGGAGAAACAUGAAGUUGAAAACUUUACACAAAAUGAAAACAAAUUUUGGCAUCUGCUGCAGGAUUUAUGCUACCCUUGUACUUACACUACAUUACCAAUCAGUACCACUUUCUGUCAAGGUUUUGGAGAAAGGUUCUUUGAUAAUGGCGUUCUUCCCCGUUUCCCCCGUCCAGUUCCCUCUGAAAAAAACCGUGUCUUCGUUGAGAAAAAAAAUUGUUUUGGGGAAAAAAUCCUUAAAAGCUCGAAAAGGCUUCUAUUUUCUAUACCUGUUGUGAAAGGAUGGAACCAGACUAAUCAAGCACCUGUUGAAGAGGAAACAGAACCAGUAAUGGAUAUAAGUACAGAUGAUGCCUUUAUUGGAGGCACUUGUCUAAGACUGGAAGCUGAUGUUGUGCAUAGCAACUUUAUCAAAUACAGCCUUUUCUCACUUGAUGUAGACUUAAAACAAUACACUUCAGUGUAUGUAUCUGUGACAUACAAGAUUCUUCAGGACCCAGACUGUGAUAUUUUUCUAGAACUUCAUCUUCAACAUGAUGACCAGUCUAUUGUUCUGGUUCUCCUACCAUUUCCUGAUGGAGACAAGCCGGUUCCCACUUAUGGCAAAGACAAAGCUUGCAUGUAUGUACAUGCCUUGAGUACUGCCAGCCUGCCAAAAUUGUUAAACCUCUCCAGCCCUCAGCCAAACAAUACAAGAUGGAAAACUAAAAUGUUUCCAGUGUACAGUUUGUAUCUAAAAUUCUGCAAACUAACACUAGUCAAAGUCGGCCUAACAACCACUGAUCCACAGCCAAAAAAAUGUAUAGCUUUACUUGGAGAUCUCAAGAUAAUACCAGGUGAUGCUUUACCUGAAGUGUUUCCAUGUGCUGAAUGUAUCUCAGUGAAAACAGACACAGCUACCUCAUACCCUCUCAUUGAUGUUGCUAAAAAUAGCUUCAAACCUGAUGAAGAUGGUACACAGAAACAUCCAAACUCUUUUGAAUGGGGAGUUGAUGCAUAUGGUAACCCGAUAAACAUCCCAUACAAUGAGCUAGACAAGAUGCGCGUGUCAUGUCACACAUUGCGAGAGUUCCGGCCAGGUAUAGGUGGCCAGUUAUGUGAGGUGUUAUACCAGCUUAUUACUAGUCUUGACUGUUUUACACUCCACUGGAAAGCCGACAAUCCUGAUAUAAUAGACCACUACCGAGUAUACCAAAUAAAAAUAGACUCAGGAGUAGCCAAACUUCUCGGACAUGUUACUGAACCAUACUUUAAAGUGACUUGGUUUGAAAUUCCUGAUUACGAAAAAGAUGAAUUGACUCACCAUUUUAAGUUUGUUAUCAGACCAGUUUUGAAAAAUGGAAUUGCCGUGCCUCUUGAUUACAAUUAUUGUAAACUUUUUCAUGUUGCUUCAAAGAAAGAAGUAGCUUCACUGGUGAAGGACUCGGGCACAGAUAUGCCUGAAGGAGAAAAAGAAGAUGUAGAUUCAAAUGAUACAGGAAAUAUUGUGAAGGAAGGACAAAUAUGUGAUGGUGAAAAUUGUGAAGCCAUUAACAGCGAUAAAGAAGGGAAAACUGAGAAAACUCAUAGUGCCGGAAAUAUUGAAAAUCUUACACAACAGCUUCAUAUUUCAGAUGAAUAAAGUACCUGUACUGUGACAGGAAUCUGCAUAUACAAUCUGCAGUUCUUUUAAUAUUUGGUCUUCAACUCAAUGUUGUAUACUUUAUUUUAUUUUUGCUUUUGUGUGGAAUUCAAGUUUUAAUGUACACAAAACUGGCAACACUCGGUGAUUAAAAUGUGACCUUUACAAAUCAGUUUAAAUGCACAAGUUAAAUAUUUUAUUAUUUUCAUUCCUUGAUGGUAAAAGUUUUUACUUAAAACAGCAGAAAAAAUGAAUUUUUUGUGUAUAAUAUAAUGGUUCAUAAUUUAUACAGGACAGUUAAGUUUGUUGUAGACCUUACUUUGUGCAUAGAGAUCUAACCAUUUUAUACAAUAUGAAACUGACGCUGUUUUCAACAUAUAUGAUUAAGGAAAGAUUUUGAUUUCCGCCAGUAAACAAUUACAGAACAUAACAUACAUACAGCAUUCAACAACAAUAAAAUAACAAUAUAUCAUGAAAUGUAGUUAAUUAUUAUUGCUAACACAGUAAACACUGUAUGUAAUUGACAUGAAAUGUAACGGAAUUUCAAAUGACACUGCGAUCAAAAAAGUUAAGGUAUAAGUGUCCAGAAAGACCAAAUAGAAAAAAAAGUUGUCUCAAGCAUGGGAUUUCAACUGAAAAUGACCUAACUGGAAUAUAACUCCAGAAGUUUCUUUAAUAGGUUUUCUAACGAAAACUGGGGGUUGUCAGUCACACAGGUUUUAACUGUGAAUUAUAUGAAAUGUGCAGUGUAAACAUAUGUAUGUGUUUUUUGUAUACACAUGUAUGUGUUUUAAGUAUACACAUGUAUGUGUUUUUGUAUACACAUAUUUAUGUAUUCAUGUGUUUGCCUAUUGUUCACAUAUAUACAUUCUAAUACAAUUACAAUACCUCAGGAUAUGAUGAUGUAGUCCCUGAACAUUGUAUGCAAUAUAUUUAUUUAAUGUUGUGAAGUGAUAAAUUGGAAUGAUUGAGUCGAUGAGUGAAUUAUAUUUGAGCUGCGUCACGACAAAACCAACAUAGUGUGUUUGCGACCAGCAUGGAUCCAGACCAGCCUGCGCAUCUGCGCAGUCUGAUCAGGAUCCAUGCUGUUUGCUAUCAGUUUCUCUACUUGUAAUAGAGUUGGUAAGCGAACAGCAUGGAUCAUGAUCAGACUGCCCGGAUGCGCAGGCUGGUCUGGAUCCAUGCUGGUCGCAAACGCACUAUGUUGGUUUUGUUGUGACGCGGCUCAUUUUAUGAUAUUAAAUUGUAUAUGUUUGUAACAAGGAUAUUUUAGUAUUAAAAUUUGGAGGUUGAUUUAAAAGAAAAUUGUAAAUUUAAUUUAUUAUUUAUAUACAAAUAUAGGUUCAUUGGUAAAUUCCUGAUAAAUGAUGAAUUGUUUCCACUGUCAGAACUUAAUAAGUGGUACAGUAAAAUUGUUUUGGUGGUACAAAUCUAUUUCAUUAUCAACUGUGUUGUCAUUUGAUUAUUUAUUUCCCCUGUGUCUUUUAUAUACAUGUACUGGUUGGGGACCACCAAAACCGGACAACCCCCAAACCCGGACAACCCCAAAAAUGCUUAAUUUAGUUUUUGUUCUUUUUUCAUUGGUUGUCGAUCUCUCAGACAUUUUUUUAGGAACAAUAAAUGCAUGUUUCUUCUAUAAAUAAGUAAUCAAAUUUAUUUCAGCAGUGAUAUUUUAAUGUCUAUUUUGCAAGAAUGCUGACGUUGAAAAUUUGGGCAUUAAGACUGCAAUACCUGACCCGAUAUACCAUAUACAAAAAAUAUAUAAUCAUUUGCAGAGUAAACAAUAGAAUAUCCAAAACUGUAGCAUUUGCUGCUGAAAUAUUGUUUAUCAUGUUAAAAAUGAAAAAUUAAAAUACCCAAGCAUUUAACAGAAUUAAAUCACAUCAUGUAUAUAUCUGUCUGGACACAUGGUACUGUAGUGUCGACAAUUUAGGUAAUUUUGAUACCCUCCUUGAUGAGCCUUAGAUAUAAGUGUCAAUAUAAUCAGAAAUAAACAUACUAGCUUGUUAGUUAGGAGAAGAACCUAGCUGUACUGUGUCAAAUUUUCAGGUCUCUAGGUUUGAAAUUAUGAAAUCUGUAUGAAAAAAUGUUCAAAAAGUGUCUGGUUGAUGGUCCCCAACCAGUACAUGUAUUAAAAAUCUAAUUAAGCUGAUACUGAAAGUCAGAUUUUUUUUAUCAAGGAAACUAAAAUUACACAUACAUUAAAAGAAUUCAUAUCCCACUGUAUAGAAUAUUACACAUGAUCAUAGUUUUACCAGAAUUUCAUCAUGUGUACAUAUUUUAGGCUUUAUUUAAAACCCAUUACAAUGUAUAAAUGCUUGUUGACAAAUAUACUUGUUUUUUUUUGUGAUUUUGUUUUUGUUUUGUAAGUGAAUAUAAAUAUAGAAAAAAUAUACAGGGUCAGAUAUCCAUAUCUGAGUUAAGAUCUUAUGUUUUUUAGGCAGAAACUGAAUUAAUUUGACUGGCAACACACCAAAAACGUAUCGAUAAUUUUUAAACGACAUGUAAUGUAUUUAUUCAUGUGUGUGUAUUGUAUGAAUCUGUUUUCAUUAUGACAAUAAAACCUACUUACUCACCUUCA